AUGUAUCUGCUGACGGUUUUACGAGAAAGUAAAUCCACCACUCAUCAAAUCGAUAUAAAAUGUGACUUAAGUUCACUUCAACAUAUUCAUAUGACUCUUCUAAGAUGGUAUCUCGAUUUGAUGGCAAAAUGGCCAAAAUAUCUGAAAGAUAAUCCAUCAAAGUAUCGUGUAAACCGAAAAAAUUUUUUUUUCACCGUGUAUCAUGCAAAUGGUCACUGA